UUCGUUUUUUGUAUAUUUUUGAGAAAGUGUUGCCGACUUUGACCGUGCCUCGAAUUUCCUUACUGAUGUGUGUCCGCGUUUGGUUCGGCCCGUUCGUCCGUCCGGACGCGCGUUAGAGUGGCGUGACGACGUUGCAAUCGCAGGCGCCCUGUGUUCGUUCGGGCUUCGCCAUUUUUCGCGGGCAUUGCAUCAUUCUUCGUUUACAUAUUACGACUUUGUUUCGUUUACACAUUACGACUUUUGUUACUGGCCUUGACGAUUGCCGUUGGAGCGGCUACAUGGCCAAUAAGAAUACAAAGAAGAAGAUGGCCGCUCUCAGGCUUCUCUCUGGUGAAAGAACAUUAGUAGGUUACGGCAAAGUUUAUUUUCAAGAUCGCACCGAAAACAUGCAGAAACAAUUUUAUACCUCUUGUAUGAAAAUAAACGGGAUACCCCUUCUUCCACCGAUGAUAACUGAUACCAUCAAAGAAGAAAUGAGACAUUACAAAUCAAUGGCAAUCAAAGUGGAGGAAAACUUGAGGGACAGACGACUUGUUAAACACACCAUUCAAGAUAAAUGCAUGCAAGCUGUCAUACUAGAACCAAUAGAUAAGUCAAUGAAUAUAAGAUACAGUUCAGACAGUGAUAUAUCCACUCGUGAUAUUGCAAGUGAUACCAAUAAUACAGACUCAUAUUCCAAAAUGACUAUUAUCGAACCAAUGCUGCAAGUUGAAGAAGAAACCAGAGAUAAUCAUGAUAUCAAGUCCUCUAUUUCUGAUGAACAGCAUUUACAAUCCCAAGUUUACUUAACAAACGAUAUUGCUAACAAUUUGAAACUUACAGCUGCUGUAAAUGAUCAAAAUAGGGUCGAUAUAACACAGAUGGCAUCACCAAACAAAGAUGUAACGUUGGUAGAAAAUUGGAAACCGGAGGUUCCUAGAACAUUGAACGUAGUUCCAAUAACAUUAAGUAAUGAUGAAGAAGAUACUUCUUCUUCUGUAGGGAUUUCCAAGGAGACUCCUGAAAAUCCACCUAAGUUAUCACGUCAAAGUUCUUACAUAUUAGAUACACCCAGCCCUAUAUUGCUUGCUCACAUGCAUACAAAAUUAACUGACGAGUAUAUCCCUACACCUACCACUAAUGCAUCACAACGAAAACAAUGGAAUAUAGUGCAACCUAAGGCAGAGUGGGAAAAUAAACAGUUUAUGGUAGAACACAUUGAAGAUUUAAGCAAAUUAGAAUGUAUACCGAAACAGUUAUCUUCUCAGCCUAAGGAAGAAUGGAAAAGUAAGCAGUUUAUGGUAGAACAUAUUGAAGAUUUAAGCAAAUUAGAAUGUACACCAAAACAAUCAACUUCUCAGUGUAGAGAAUCUGAUGAUUUAACAGAAUCACAUCAAGCAGAUAAAUCUGCUAGUUGUACUAAAAUGGUAAUCACUGAGGAAGAUGCAUAUAGAUCUGAUGCCAUACCAACUAAACAUAAUCAUAGACCUAAUAUAGAUUUUAAGAAGCAAAGUUCUUUAGAAAAUUCAGAGAAAAAUAGUGACACUAGUGUAUUAAAUUUGUUGAGCAGCGAGUAUGCAGGAGAUAGUAGUCCUAAAAUUCAGUCUUAUGUAGAUGAGAAACAGCAUAAUGAAAAGAAGAAUACUACAGAAUAUCAUAAUUCAUCCAUUAAAAUAAAGUCUUCCACACCAGUUAAACUCCUGUCAGUUUACAAAGAGAUCGAAGAAAUGCACAGGAAGCAGAUGCUGGAGUUGAUGGAUCGUCAGCGAAAGGAACAAUUGCUACUACAAGCGAAAUUCAAGAAACAACAAAUACUCUUUUUAGCAGAAUUAGAAAAUUGUUCCUCCGAUAUAUCACAACAAACAAAUGCAUUAAAUCAAUCGUUGAGCGACGAAGUAAGAUCAACUAAUCAUGAAGCAAGGCAACAAAUGAACAUAAACUCUCCCAGUAAUUUACAUGCUGAAACACAUGAUAAUAUUAAAUUAUCAUCAGCGAAUCAAAUGAUUGCAUGUCCGUUGGAUUACCUUUCCUCGAAAAAUUUGCACCUGCUUAAAAAACAAUCCUUUAUUGUAGACAAUUCUUCUGCGACUCUCGAUUUUGACUUUACGAGAAAAGUGAGUUUAUAUGAUACCACAUAUAAUAAUAAUAGUAACAACAAUAAUAAUAAUAACAACAAUAAUGGUAAUAAUGAUGAUAAUAACCAUUGCAAGUCGCGUGAUCUUGUAUGUAAGAAUUCCAAUGUGAGUCGACAAUUAUUUCCCUUAGAUAGUAAUACUACACAUGUACCAUGGCUAAACAUCACAGUAUAUUUCGAUAAACAUGUACAGGCGGUGAAUAUCAUCAAUGCUUACACACGUGGUUACUUAGUGCGCAGAUUAAUGCGUACCGAACGCGUUAUUACAUUGAAAAAGAUAUAUAAGGAAGCUUUGCAAUGUAUGCUUAAGUUACACGUUGAUGCGCCCUUAAACUUAGCAGAAGUGGAAUUUCUUCAUCGUCUUCAGUUACAGUGCGACGCAGCUUCCAUGAAUAUAGUAGAAUUAUUCGCCCAGUCCCCGACGAAGAGAAUGGAGAUAAUCGCGCAUGAUCGCGAAAUUAAGGAGUUUAGAACGGAACGUCCGACUUCGGUUCGAUCGUAUUCGUUUGCCACUCAGAAGACUUUAGCCAGAAAGAAUCUGAAGGAAUUCGAGUCCACAAUGGCCAAGUACCAGCGACCGUUGGCCGUUAAAAGGAAUCUAGUUAGGUCCAGAUGUCAAACGUGGACUUCAGAUAUAAGAGACAAACUUAUGUCACCGAAUACAUUGCAUCAAGGUAUCAGGAGAAGCACGAGCACGGGAGCCGUACGGAAGCCGUGGCGAUGAGAUGGAGUGCCUUACGACGUUGAUUGAACGACCCACAAUUUUACUAUUAAAAAACAAAAUACGCACGCGGAGUACGAUAAUUAUGUUAUCUGGAACGCUUCGUAUUAGCUACUCCUGCCUUCAAGAAGAAGCGUACUAGUGCCUGGAUUUUCUGACAAAUUUAUUUUAUAUUAUACCGUUACAUAUCUUGACUGAGACAUGAUACUUAUCUGUGAUACGUGUAUAUCCAACAUAUAUCGCUUCCUAUUUUCAAUUUAUUGAAGCUAAAACGGAGAUUUAUUAUAUAG